AUGCUUCUGAGCCCUGGCACCUCCACCCCCUUUUCGGUCAAUGACAUCCUAAGGUUGGAACUCGAGCAGAUUGGGCCCCAGGUCUUGCCACUUCAGGGAGCGCGAGGCAGCCAAGAGAAUUCUCAGUAUUUGCGAUUGAAUCCAGAACCAGGAGGGUCAGAGUUUCACAACUGCGGUAGCAGCAGCAGCAGCAGCAACAGAAGGCAAGACCAGUCUGAACCCCCUGCAUGUCCCGGUGGUGUAACAGAGAUGAAUGAGCAGCAGCCGGUGGGCGAGCCACAGCCUGGCCUUAGCGCAGCCUUGUCCCUCCCCGGCGGGACCGGGGUGCCCGAGCACUCGGAUGGCACCAGCGGCGACGGCGCGCGGGGCGACCCCGCGGAGCAGCCGAGAGCGCGGCCCCGGCGGAAGCCGCGCGUGCUCUUUUCCCAGGCGCAGGUGCUGGAGCUGGAAAGGCGCUUCAAGCAGCAGCGGUACCUGUCGGCGCCCGAGCGAGAGCACCUGGCCAGCGCGCUGCAGCUCACGUCUACGCAAGUCAAGAUCUGGUUCCAGAACCGGCGCUACAAGUGCAAGCGCCAGCGCCAGGACAAGUCUCUGGAACUGGCGGGCCAUCCCCUAGCGCCGCGCCGGGUGGCGGUGCCCGUGCUGGUGCGGGAUGGCAAGCCCUGCCUGGCCCCGGGCGCACCCGCCUUCCCGAGUCCCUACGGCGCAGUCGGGGCGCCGUACUCUUGCUGCGGCGGCUUUGCCAGCGCUUCGUACCGCGGGGGCUACAGCGGCAGCUACGCGGGCGCGCCCCCGGGACCUGCACAGCCUGCGCCUUUGGCCAGCGCCCGCUUCGGAGGAAGCAGUCAGAGCACCAGCCCCCAGGACCACCUGCCCGCCACGCUGCAGGGUGUCAGGGCCUGGUGA